AAUAUUUAAUGUAUUUGUAUUUGUUUAUAUAGUACGGUGAUGUUGUUAGCCGGCAUUUUCCUGCUUGCUCUCGUUUCGAGUACACGAGGAAAUUAUUGUUCGAGUGACAAAUCUACAAACAGUGUUGACAGCUCGUGUGGCGAAGAAAAUAUGUCGAAUCCAGUGGACUUCAAAAGCGCCAAAUCCAUCUACGAAUUCACAGCGAAUGACAUCAAAGGAAAUCCCGUGUCUUUGGAGAAGUACAGUGGCCAUGUGUGCAUCAUAGUGAACGUAGCUUCGCAGUGCGGAUACACCAAAAACCACUAUGCUGAGUUGGUGGAUCUCUAUCAGAAGUAUGGUGAAUCCAAAGGUUUGAGGAUUCUCGCCUUUCCCUGCAACCAGUUCGGUGGACAAGAGCCGGGGACUAAUGAUGAGGUGUGUCAUUUCAUGCAGUCCAAGAAGGUGGAGUUUGAUAUGUUCGAGAAGGUGAAUGUGAAUGGCAACGACGCACAUCCUCUGUGGAAAUACUUGAAGCAUGUACAGGGCGGGACUCUGGGCGAUUUCAUCAAGUGGAAUUUCACCAAAUUCAUCGUCGACAAAAAUGGGAAACCGGUGGAGAGGCAUGGGCCGAGCACAAGCCCCAAGGAUUUAGUAAAAAAUUUGGAAAAGUAUUGGUAGCUAUUACUCACUUAGGGUACGUUCAUGUGUAGGAGAUAAUAUAUGAUAAAUAUAUGAUUGUACUGAUGUGUUUAUAGGUGUAUUACAAUCAUAAAGUAAGGUUAACGGAAAAGGCUGCAUCAUUCGAUGUAUUGUUUUUGUGUAUUUAUGUAUAAUAUAUUAUGAGCAAUAAAAAUGUUAUGUCAUAUUUUAUAUUGUUUUAUUUAUAUUUUCAAUUCUAAAUUUU